GCUGGGCGGCAUGAAACGGUUAUUAAACAUCUGAGUCCAAGACCGGAGAAGCCAGUCUUCCUACAGUCAGAUAUCGUCAGGAACAGACAACACAUCAGAGAACUGAGCUCUCUAGACAGGAGGCGGUUGUGCAAAAUGACUAGAGACUGGACUCCUGCUCUCUGGUCGGAUACCUUCGCUCAGCUGGAAGAGGACGAGCUGGAACACGACGACAGCUGGGCGUUUGCGUUCAACUACAGCCUGACGGAGACCCUGACUUACGCCGAGAGGAGAAGAGGCUGGAAGAUCUACCGUCACCAUGCUCACGGAGGGUUCAGGUGCAGCACAUGUUCCAGACAAUGGUCCUCAGCCAGAGCUGUAGUCCUCUUCCGCUACCGCCUGCAGAGCUCUUUGUGCCGGGGAACCAUCAUCAUGCGGCCCUUCGGCCAGGCCUGCCGCCACUGCGGCGGGGAUUUUGAACGGCCGGGGUUCUCCCCAAAGGAAGUAGAGAAUGUCUUGCUCUGCCUCUUUGAUAGGAUCAGGAAGAACUGCUACGGGGAGAGAGAGGAAGGCGAUGAAGACCUUGACUCCAUCUCCCCUGAGAAGGUGUGGACCAAACCCCAUGAGAGCACGUUAUGCGAGGCCUGCAGUCAAAACAUCUGCUGCCAGGAUAAGUAGUGCUUGCAGGGCCAAGCACAGGAAGGCAGGCAUUCAGCAGGCCUGACUCUCUGUAGAGGGGACAUGGGCUGGGGGAUUGUGUGCUGCCUUGGAAAUCGUCCUUUUUACCAGAUAAAUAACCAGCAGUAAGGGGUUUAAACCCUUGUGUUUGUAAGACUAAUACAAGCCAAUUACCCAUAAAUCACUGUAUAUAAGCAGACUAUCUAUACUCCGUAAAAAAUAGUUUUGAAUUCGACAUUAAAAUCAGCUUUUGAAUGUAACUAUAUUUAAAUGCAUUUUAAUGCAAUAAAAUAUUUUUUUAUUGUC